AGUAGACAAAGCUUCACUGUACUGUCUUUACACUGAAGGCUCUGGGCUGUGCAACUGUAUCCGUUUAUUGGAAUGUAAUUUACUGUAUACUGUGAAAACGGCUGCACGGGGCACAAUAUACAAGCAAAAUCCAAAAAGCACAGAGGCUUCAGCAAUAGGAAACUCAGUCACAAUGAAAGGCUGGAUUUUACUGCUGAUGUUGGCAAAGCUUGUCGAUUUUUCCAUGACACAUCCAACCAACUCUUUAACAUGGCUAAGUUAUCUGCGCAACCGAGCCUACAGUCACGGUUAUGGCCGCAGUCACUAUAACAUCCAUGCCUCUCUAAGAGCAGAGGAUGAGGAUGAGCCUCCUGUGCUGGACUGUCCUUUGGAGUGCGACUGUCCUCCUUCCUACCCCACUGCGAUGUACUGCAACAACCGCAAGCUACAGCACGUGCCGUUUGUCCCGUCUCAUAUCAAGUACGUAUACUUACAAAACAACCAGAUCAAGGGCAUCACAAAUGGUGUCUUUGAUAAUGCUCCAAAUUUAGCUUGGAUCAGUCUCCACACAAAUAAACUGAGCUCUGACAAGAUUGGUGACAAAGUCUUCACCAAGCUACCAAACCUUGAGCGCCUCUUUUUACACAACAACAACCUGAGCCGGGUUCCACAGGGUUUACCACGUUCCCUACGAGAUCUACACAUGAAUCACAACAAUAUUUCCAAGGUCCCGUUCGAAUCUUUCCGUGGAAUGAGCAACCUGACAGCCCUGCAUCUCCAAGUGAACAGCAUUGAAGACCUUGGCAAUGCACUUGAGGGUCUGCUGUCCUUGACCCUGUUAGACUUGAGAAGGAACCAACUGAAGAAGGUUCCAGAAAGCCUGUCCCCAAAGUUGAACCAACUCUACCUCGAGUACAAUCGCAUAUCCAGUGUUCCUGCUGAUUUUCUGAGCCAGCGGCCUGAGCUACGCUUUGUACGGCUGUCCCACAACCAGCUCACCAAUGGGGGAAUUCCAGCCAACGCUUUCAAUGUCAGCUCACUUGUGGAGCUUGAUUUGUCUUUCAACAAGUUGGAAAGGAUCCCCACUAUCAGUACCAGUCUGGAGAAUCUGUAUCUCCAGGCCAACAAGAUCAAAGAAUUUUCAGUGAGCAGUUUCUGCAGAGUUGUGGAUACAAACAAUUACUCUAAUCUGCGUGUACUGCGCCUGGAGGCCAAUGGAAUUAAAGCCCAAGACAUACCGACUGAAGCUGCGCUCUGUCUGCGCCUGGCAACUAACAUCGACCUGUAGGCCUGACAUCAACACAUCCUCAGUAACCUAUAGCUUGAGCAGAGAGAGAGAGAGAGAGAGAGAGAGAGAGAGAACAUCCUGGAAAUAAGAGUUUCACAUGCUAUCUUUUUGUAGUAAAAUGUGACCCUGGACAACAAAACCAGUCUUAAGUCACUGUGAUGUAUUUUUAGCAAUAGCCAAAACAACAACAAAAAAAAACAUUGUAUGGGUCAAAAUUAUCAAUUUUUCUUUUAUGCCAAAAAUCAUUAGGAUAUUAAGUAAAGAUCAAGAUCCAUGAAGAUAUUUUGUAAAGUCCCUACCGUAAAUAUCAAAAGCUAAUUUUUGAUUAGUAAUAUGCAUUGCUAAGUACUUUAUAUGGACAACUUUAAAGGAGACUUUCUCAGUAUUUAGAUUUUUUUGCACCCUCAGAUUACAGAUUUUCAAAUAGUUGUAUCUCUGCCAAAUAUUAUCUUAUCCGAACAAAUGUUACACCAAAAGAAAUCAUAUUUAUUCAGCUUUCAGGUGAUGUAUAAAUCUCAAUAUCGACAAAACAAGCUUCCAUAGGAAUAUUUAACGCAGGCAUGAUGAGCAUGCAGUAAAAAUGUAAUGAUAAGUUGCAUGAAGUCAGUGUACUUGACUACAGGGUGCAAAAGAUCAUUUUAGUAUUAUUUGAAAACACAAUUAUAGAAAAUUGUGUUUAUCUUUAACCUUUUAGUAAAUGCAUGAUACAAAUAAUGGUGUUGGUUGGGAAAUAUAGGGGUUUUGUUAUGUAAUUUUUCGCUAAUAUUUCUGGCAGUGAAAAAAAAUUGCCUUAGGAGUAAUUUUAAUGUGAUCACAAUUUAAGACGUUAAUGAGGAUGACCUCAUAAAAAUAUAAAUAACUGAAAAUUGAGGAAAGAUUAAAAAUCUAAAUGUUCAAUUCCUUGUAGAAUUCUAUGAAGACCUUGAAAAGCUCUGACCACUCUUUACAAAUCAUCUGGAAACACUACAGUUUACCUACACUACAACCUGUUCAAAGCUUGCAUCACUGGCUUUGUCUUUUGUCUAAUAUCCAUAAAAUGUAUGAUAAAUGAAUAAUCAUAAUAAAAAGAAAUAAACAAGCUGUCACGUGUCCCGUGGUGGUCAAGGGAAGAUG